AUGCCUCCAACGUGUGUUCUCAAUAAUCUAUACGUUCAACCUACACCUGAUCCCCUUAAAGAUUUGAACGAAUUCGAAAGAAUAUUGAUCCAAAGAGCUAAAGCAUUUCAAACAGUUAUAAAGAUGGAUUUACUGGACACGGAUUUACGUGAAGUUGAAUUUCCAAUAUCCCAAGAAUGUGAAAGCGAUGAGGAUGUUGAUGAUCCGGAUAUGAACCGUGAUGAACGAGAAGAACAUAAUCGAGGUGAUGGCAUUCAAAAAGUAGCUGCAAACAAGCAAAUAGAUGGCCGUGUUGCAGCUUUGUUGACACAAAUGACUCCAUCCGAUUGCUUUUAUGAACAAUAUACGAUUCAUCAGAUGCAUGCUCCUAAAGAAAAUAAAACUGCAACGGAACUUUAUCAGAUGUUAAAGGCAAUAAUGGCUUUUCUUAAAUCGGACGAUAAUCCCAUUGGAAAAAUCAUACAUUAUGUUAUAAGGAGAGAGUAUCAGGGAAGAGGUAUGAUACAUUUUCAUUUGCUUAUAUGGAUAGAGGGUGCUCCGGUUCUUGGCAAAAAUUCGAAAGAAGAAGUCGCUGACUUCAUCAAGACGUACGUGACUUCUAGAAUACCGAAUCCAAAAAUUUCACCCGUUUUGAAUCGUCGAGUUACCACCCACCAAUAUCACCAUCACAAUUCUUAUUGUAUGCGUAGAAAAUCAGUAGGAGUGAAAGGUCAGGGUGGUAGUUGUAAAGUUUGUCGAUUUUCAUUUCCGAAACCAGUUACUAACGAGUGGAUUAUCAGAGAUGUUCAAACAUCCAUUGCUGGACGGCGAAAGUUAAAAUCUAAGUGCCAAUUGUACGAUAAUCCUCGGAGUCUCGACGAAGUUAAUAUAAACAACUACAACCCUGCCGUUUUAGCAGCCUGGGAGGGUAAUAUGGAUAUCUCAUUCAUAGGAGAAAAAUCGUCGGCGCUGGCUCGGUAUUGUACCAAAUAUCUGUCCAAAUCCGAAAAAACCCAUGCUGGAGAGACUUUUGAACAAAUCAAUAGUACGAAAUCUGUUUCCAGUAGGCUUUGGAAUAUUGGGUUACGUGCAUUGAAUAAUCGAGAAUGUGGUGCACUUGAAGCAGCAGAUACACUGUUGGGAUAUCCCUUAUUUGUUACCGAUCCAGAAACUGUUAUCAGAUGGGUUGACAUUAAUAUUGUUAGAAGUAGGCGGGUCAAGGCUCGUAAAUUAGUAGAGACCAUGGACGCAGAAUCGACAGAUAUUUUCUAUGAUGGCUUGAUCGAAAAUUAUCCAAAAAGACCUGAUGAAUUAGAUAGUACAAGUUUUUACGAUUAUGCUACAUGGUAUGAUAUCGUUAAAAGCAUGCCUCAACGGAAAGAUGUAGUAUUUUAUCAAAUUGGACCGGACUCGUAUCUUCGGAAACGCAAUCGUGGCUAUUUAAUUAACCAUUAUCAAUUCGACCCCUUGACUAAUCCUGAAAAAUAUUUCUACUCCUUACUGCUAUUAUUUCAGCCAUGGCGAUGUGUAACUGAACUCAAAAAUGGUAAGGAGACAUACACUGAAUCAUAUUUUUCCGUACAGGCGACAUUGCCAAUGGCUGCUGAAUACCAUGAGCGUUUGUCGGAAAUUGCAAAAGAUGCUAAAGAAAUGAAAGAAUUAAUCCAACAGAAAGUGGAUGAAAUCGAAAAGGAUCAAGAAAAUAAUCCAGAUUCAGGUAACCAAAAGGUUCCACAUGGGUGCGAUCCAAUCGAGGCUGAUGAUGCUAUGAAAGAUUUUAUUAAUUUGGGCGCGAAUGAAGCUCAUAAGGAAAAAAAUGUUUCAGAUAUGAUCCUAGAAUUGAAUGCAGAUCAGAAACGCAUAUUCGACUCAGUAACCAAUGCAAUAAAUUCUGGAGAAAUACUCAGAUUAUAUGUCAGCGGAGAGGGUGGAACAGGCAAAAGUUUCUUGAUAAAAACCAUAACGUGUUGGCUUAGACAAGUGAAAAACAAGGAUUCGGCGGUAACUGCUCCCACUGGGAUAGCUGCCUUUAACAUUGACGGAUUAACUUUACAUAGAUUGCUUCAGCUGCCCGUCGAACAUAAUCGUACACCGAAAUAUCGGGAGCUGUCGGAUGCAGCUUUGAAAGUCAUUAGGGAUAAUUUUAAAAACGUUGAUCUGAUAAUUAUUGACGAAAUAUCGAUGGUCUCAAAUAUUACUUUAAUGUACAUUCAUCUUAGAUUGACUGAAAUUUUUGACACCACUGACGUUGAAAAUGGCUGGUUCGGGAAAAAAAAUAUUAUAGUUUUUGGUGAUCUUCUACAAUUGCCACCUGUUCGGGAGGAACCAGUGUUUAUAAAGCUUUCAAAAGAAAAGGUUGAAAAAUUAAUUGGAUCGUUGAGUAGCAUCGAUUUGUGGGGCAAUUUAUUCAAGUACGAUGAACUAACAAUCAAUAUGCGUCAGAAAAAUGACGUAUCGUACCGAGAAAUGCUUUCAAAAAUCCGUUUGGGUUGCAUAGAUACCGAAAGUAUGCAAAUGUUAGAGUCGAGAAAGAUUGAAAUAACAUCUUCGAAUAUUCCUGAUAGAAUUAAGGAGUUGUGCGAUUAUAUAAGUACAUUGCAAACGGACAUAGUUUGUUUAAUGCCUACAAAUCGCAUGUGUGAUGUGUUGAACGAGGCAAUGUUAGAUCGGAUCCCGUCAAAAGAAAUCCACUUAGUCGCUGAAGAUUUAAUCGAUAAACCAUCGUUUAAAAAUAGGGUUACGAAGAUUUUACAUCGGUGGGAGGAUGACAUAAGUCAAACUGCCGGGCUCGCUAGGGUGAUUUCCAUUAAAAUCGGUUCCAAAGUUAUGCUUCGACGUAAUAUCGAUGUCACAAUUGGUCUCGUUAAUGGAACGAUUGGCGAGGUAGUUUCGGUCUCUGAAUCUUUGGAUGGAAGUACAAUUAAAGGAGUCACUAUCAAACUCACAAAUGGUAUGCAAUAUGAUAUAGAGCGUGUAAGCGUUAAAUUCGAAGUGGUCGACGGUGUUUACGUAACGAGGAGACAAUUUCCUUUGUGUGUUUACAUCUAA